AUGAAUAGUUUGCUCGAGGGAAAAGAAGAAGAAACCAAGAGGACGCUUGGCGAGGAUUCCGAAGGAGUUGGAAAUCCAGAAAAUCUUGUUGCACCACUGGCGUCUGCAACCGCUGCAGCAGCGAUGCAGGACGACGACGUGCCUCGCACUCUCGCCCGCUCUCUCACUUUCAUCGAGUGGUCCGCGCCGGUCAUCGAUCGAUUUUGUUGGCCGAGUUUUACAAUCACAUAUCGAUGUUUUGCUGUUUUCAAUCCACGAACAUUCAGUCCGGGAUCGUCUCGUACGAUUCCCACUAGUUCUCUCAUAUUCGAACUUCACCAUCGUUCCAAAAAUAAUCAUUAA